GUGUGAUCAUUAUAAAUUAUAAUAAUAAUAGUCGUCGUCGUCGAAAAUAGAAAAUAUGUUUUCCGGCCCGUAUUCGAUUAGUGUAAAAGCAAUUAAUAUUCGUUUUACAUCGUAACACCGGGUAUCAAGUGGCUACGUAUCACGUCUCCAAUUAAUUGUACUGGUGAUGAUUUGUACACAAAAUUAUGGAAGAACCAUAUGAAAAAGAAUUGUAUAACAUAUUCAAAAGUUUUGAUAGUGAUGAAAAUGAUGAAUUGGAUCAUAAGGGGGUGAACGCUCUUUGUGAAACAUUACAGUUGGAUUUUAGCCAACGUAAACAAUUAUGGUCAUUCUUGGAUCAGAACUCUAAUGUUUCAUUUGAACAAUUCCGUGAUGCUCUUGUUUAUUUGGCCAAUAAUGGCUCAAAAGAUGAAACUUAUUCUAGAGACAUCUCUCCAGUUAGAGAAAUAUCUCCAAAGUAUGUUUUUGGCGAAAAAAAAUAUGGGCGCCGAACAAAGCCUCGAGAAGAUAGUUUUAUAUUAAACCAAUCAGAUAUAAUUCAAGAUUUAAACAGCAGCAUACCAUUAUCUCCUCGAAAACUAGAAUAUGUUCAUAUAAAUUCAGGUUUGAAAUCGGAUGAGGAAACACAGAAUAAAGACAUGUUAUCACAAUGUGAUGACAAACAUGAUUUGUUAAAAGAACGAUUAAUAAUGGACAAACAUAAUUUAAGUUUGGCCUGUGAACACAUGGGUAUUACUUCUAGUGGACUUAUAUCAAAAACUCAAUUAUUUGAUGUAAUCCAACAUUUUGAUUGCAAUGAAAAAUUAUUUGAGAAGAUAAACGAUAAAUAUUCUAAUGACAGAAUACCAAUUAAGGAAGUUCUUGAAUUAAUCAGUAAUGUAGAUUACCGGUCUGUCUCACCGAAUUCUGAAACUUCAACCUCUGGAGUCUCUUCUACAUCAUAUUAUCACAGAGAAGAUAAUUUACCAAACACAAUGAUGGUGAGUAUAAACACUAUUAUUGAGCUAUGGGAAAGCUGUGGUAUACCAGAGUCUGUUAACUUGUUACAAGAACUAGGAAUUGAUACAUCCCUAGAUUCUGUUUAUAUACCUGAUCUAGUAACAACUGUCAGCAAUCAACUCCAUAAAGUUCGAAAUAAUUUUGUUGAUUCUUCAUUAACAGAAUAUGAUUCGAUUAAUACACCAUUUGUAUUGCUAAAAGCUCUAAGUUCGUUGAAUGAAUAUCAGGUUAAAUGGCUCAAAAUGAUUAUUGAGCAAAUGAAUUGCGAAAGGGACAAAUUAAAAUAUGAUGUUGAUACUGCCAACAAUAGAGCAGUAAUGCUUGCACAAGAAGUUGAUGAGAAUCAUAUGCGAUUAGAAAAAUCUUCGGCAAACAAAAUUGCUGCUCUGGAACAUAAACAUCAUGAAGAACGAAAAACACUCAUUGAUCAAUGGGGUUCAGAAAAAGAUCAAUUACUUAACCAAAAUAUUUUGCUCAAUGAUAAAUUACAACAAGUACAAAAUUAUGAAAACGAAUUACAAUCUGAACUUUUAAAUAACAAAAAACAACUGAGUUUAUUAGAAAGUGAAAAUAGUGCAUUAAAUGAACAAUUAGCUGAAAUAAGACAAAAAAAUGUUAUAUUAGAAGUUCAAGUUCAAGAAAUUCCACAGUUAAAACUUAAGGAACUAGAAUUGGAAUCUAAUAAUGAACAAAUUAUUGAUCUCGUGCAAAAAAUUGAUUGUUUGAAAAAUGAAAAUAAAUGUCUUAGAGACCAAAACGAUGAACUUGUUAUAGAGCUUGAAGCUACUAAAAUGAUAGAAAAUGUGGGGAAUGAUAGGUCAUUUGAUAGUAAUGUCAGGAAUUUCUUGGCGGAAAAAAAUAGUCCUAACUGCUUUGGCAAAGUUAAAGAAUUUUCUACCGAAUUUUCUAUUGAGGAAGGUGGUAGUGAUUGUACAAAUACAUUUGAAACAUAUACAGUUGAGUCUGACUUUGAUACAUGGAAUAAAAUUGAAAAUUCACAAAAAUCAUACCUCAAAUCCCCUCAGACAUCAUUAAUGAUUGUAAAUAACAUAAAAACCACUCUAUCCUCUCAAUCACAAAUUGAAUCAUGUCAUUUAGAUGAAUUAAUUGAAUAUUUGGAACAUAUGAAACAAAGACCAAAAUCGGAUCAUUCACAACAGGUUGAGCAAAAAGAAUCACUAGAAUCAAUACAAGAAUCUCCAGAUAGUUUUAUGACUUCUUCACCUUUAAAUAAAUAUCCAACAAGGAGGUCAUUGAAUAAGCAAUUUGAAAAUUCAACAGAAACCGAAUUUUUGGAUUCUACUUUAAUAGAAGUGACAAAUGGCAGUGUUGAAAAAUUGAAACAAAUGUACAAUCAGUCUAAAUCAGAAAAUCAGGAGCUGCGUGACAAGUGUGAAAAGAUUGAAAAGUACUGGGAAUCUAGGUACAAUCAACUAUGUGAAGUAGCAGACAAAGCACUGGAGGAGGCUAAACGGUUGAAAGAUGAAGGUACUGAAUUAGAACGUGGUAUAGAUGCACUGCGCAACGAAUACUUUGAGUGUGAAGAAUAUUGGUCACUAAAAUUAGAAGAAGAGCGUAAAUUAAACGAAUUGGAGAAAAAAGUUAGUGAAGAAAAAUUGAAUAAUCUAGAAGUCAAGAUUAAAGAGUACAGUGAUAUGUUAGAAGAAACAACCGAUAAUAAAUUACCUUCAAUCGAUGAAAAUGCCGAACUUGAAGAACAAAUAAAUUGCAUUCAACAAGAAUUUUCUAGCUACUGUGUACAAAUUGAAAAAGAAAUGGAAAAGCUUAAAAUUGAAAAUGAAAGAUUUAAAUCUCAAAUUGUAAUUCCAGCUGAAAAAGUUGACCGCGAAGUAGCUAACUGUCAAUUCAAAGAAGAAUGUGAGAAAUGCCUCGAAAAUUUAAAAAAAAAUGGUGAAUCUAAAAACAAGCAGUUCGACUUAAAAAAAAAUCGUGAAAAAUUAGGAAUGGAAUGCCGAAGUCUAUUGCAACGUAGGAGCGCACUUAAAAAUGAAAUUUUGCAAUUACAAGAAUAUCUUAAUGUGCUUUCAAAUACCCAUAAGGAAUUCUUUAUGCAAAAGGAAAUUAAUCAAGCCAAUCAGGUGUCUAUAGAUGCCAGAAGGUGCAAAGAACUAGAACAAAGGCUCCAUGAUGAACAAGCCCGACACCAAAAAUUGACUAACGCUAUAUGGAAUGAGCAUCAGUCAAAAAUUGAUAUGGUACACAAAUUAUUGCGAUCAUCGCAAGAUAAACUGGAAGAACAAAUUAAAAUGAGAAAUGAACAAAAUAAACAACUCAUGAGCGCUGAUAUGAUUGUCAAAGAACUUUUCAUCGAAAAUGCCAAACUCAUGUCAAUGAUCCACACCCUCCAAACACAAAUUGACCGUUCAUCAAAUUAUAAUUCGAUGUAACUGGUGUUUUCAGUUAUUAUUAUUAUUUAAUUUUUUUUCUCCCUUCAAUAAUUAUUUUUGAAAAUACUGUGCAACAUUGUGCAACUUAUUUUACCCACAUUCGUAGAUUUAAGGACCUAAACACUGUUAGUUUUUUAAAGUGUGGAUCUUUAUCUUUUUUUCCGAUCUAUUUUUUACUACCAUUUUUUUAACAAAUUAUUAGUAAUAAGUUAAGUUUAUAAAAUAUGUUUCCUAAGUAUAAAAUUACUGUUAACAGUGCCUUAAACGAGGAGCUUAAUAUAUUAUAAGGGCUCAUCCUAUCGAGCCUCUAUAUUUAUAUAUACGUAAAUUACGGCAGGGUAAUUUUAAAAUGAUAAAAAUAUCCAAAAAAUAAAAAAUAAAAACAAUACAUAUUAUUGUAUUUUAGUCAAAUUAAAUGUAAGUUAACAUUAUCGUACUAUUAUUUUAUUUGUUGUGUUUAUUGUUAAUUACUUGUAGACUAUAAUAUUACAUGAAUCUAUGUAAUAACAAAUAUUAUUUAUUGUAACAUAAUAUUUACUAUUUAGCCAUUAGUCAGAUUGUCCUAGUACAAAGUCUUUCAAUUUUGAUUGAAUUGAAUAAAUAAAACAUUGGCUGCUGCCUCUAACCUAAAACCUCGCCGUCUUUGAUAUGAAAUUUAACAAUUCCGAUGCUAUCUGACUGAUGGCUAUUUUUGUUUAACAUUUACUAGUAAUUUAUUGAUAUUAGCAUUGUAAGUUUUUUUUUUUUUACAUUUAUGUAUUGGUUUUUUCACUAUUUUUUCAUAUCUUCGUGUACAACGCACAGUGUAGUCUGAUUUGUUAACUUGGAGAUGAGUCAAUUCAAAAUUUGAUAUUACAUUAUUACCUCUAUUACCUUUUUGUACGUGACAUUUUGUCAUUUCAACACACGCGUUUAAUAUGUCUAGUCAUUUUUAUAAACUCAAAUCAUCUUUAAUGGUAAAAAUUGUCCAAGUACAGUUUUUAUUAAAACAAAUACUAGUCAGGUUUCCAUAUCUCAUCUCUAAGUGCACGUAGUUGUAGGGUUUGUUUGUGUUGGGAAUUCUCUUUGUAAAAUGUAUCUUGCUGAGGCACAAAAUAAAUGGUUCUGUUGGUUGUACAGCCGUAGGGCGUCUUCAAUAUCGGGUUGUAAUAUUGUUCAGAUUUGAAUAAUAGUUAAGUAAUAAAUACUAAAUAGUAUAAAUUACGUGUUUACGGCUCAUUACAAACCAACCGAAUUAAAACUUAUUAUUUUUUAUUAUUAUCCAAUGUUUUUUUGUUUGUAACUUAACUUCUAUUUCUAUUUCUUUUUAAUUUGUUAUUCCUUUAUGUUAACUAAUAAGUCAAUAAGCUUAAUAUAACUAUGAUGUUAUUAUAUUAUAUUAUUUCACACGUAAACAUAAAGUAGCCAAAGACUUGUUUAUUAUUAUAAUAUAAGUAAUUAAAGUCAUUA